AUGGCGGCGCCACCGCCGCUCCUGCUGCUGCUGCUGCCAGCCCUGCUGGGGGUGCCCUCCGCCGCCUCCGCCCAGGCCAGCGCCGCCCCGUCGGGGGAGGUGAGGCUCGGGGUGCUGCUGCCGCGGCGCAACCUGCGCUACCCCUGGGCCUGGCCUCGCGUCAAACCCGCCCUGAGCCUGGCCCUGGAGUCCCAGCUGCGCCCCCCGGGCCUCGCCCUCCGCACCGCCUUCGCCUCCACCGAGGACCCGGAUGGCGACUGCGACUUCGAAAUGGCCCUGUGGAAGGCCGCGAAGCUGAAGUGCUUGCACGACCUCGAUGUGCUGCUCGGGGCGGGCUGCGGCCACCCAGCCUACUUUGUGGGGCGCUUAGCCCGGCACUGGCAGCUGCCGCUCCUUCGAGCCGGCGCCUAUGGAAGAAGCAGCGUGCGUCUCGGCAGCACGGUGGUGUACGCCGGUCUCCUGGGGCCUGCCCUCGACGCCUUCCUGCUCCGGCUGCACCGGCGCUUCAACUGGACCUCCCCCGCCGCCCUUGUGUACGAUGAGGACUUCGAUUACUGGCAAUACUAUUCCCCCUUUUUCAUGCGAUUUGGAGUAGACGUCUGGACCACCCACUCCCACGGAUAUGGGCAGCCCGAGGAGGCGGUCCGGUUCAUCCGGGCCAAGGGGCGAGUGGUCUACAUUUCUGGGCCCCUGAAGAUGUUGCAGGAGAUCAUGCACCAGGUACAGGCUCAGAACAUGACCGGCGGUGACUACAUCUUCAUCUACCUGGACGUUUGGGGGGAAAGUAUGAGAGCUGAGGGGCAUCGUGAGGCCAAGAAGCCCUGGCAGAGCACGGAGAGCCAAGAUACAGGAAUCCUCCGAGAGGCCUUCCAGACGGUGCUGGUGGUCACUCCCCAUGAGCCCCAAACCCCCGAAUACCGGCGUUUCCAGAGCCAGCUGGUCCAGCGUGCCCAGAGGGACUUUGGUGUGGCUGUGAAUGACUCCGUGGGGACGCUGGUGGCCGGCUGCUUCCAUGACGUGCUGCUGCUGUAUCUCAGGGCCCUGAACGAGACGCUGCAGGAAGGUGGAACCAAGCGGAACACCAGCCGCAUCCUGGAGAAGAUGAGGGGCCUGAAAUUCCAGGGUGUCACUGGGACGGUGAGCCUCAAUGGAGACAAUGAACGAGAGAUGGAUUUUGACCUGUGGGCCAUGAGGGAUGUGGAGAGCGGAGAAUUCCAGGUGGUGGCUCAUUUUGUGGGCUCAGAGAACCAGACGAACUGGCUGGGGCCCAUCCACUGGAAGAAGGGGAGCCCUCCUCUCGACAACCCGCCCUGUGUCUUCGACAUGGAUGACCCCUCCUGUGGUAAGAGUGGGUGUGUCCAAGGGCAGUUCAAGACUGUGAGUGGUGGAAGCAGACCUUUGGCUCUUGUGGCAUCUCCAGGAGGGGGUGUGGAACCUCCAGUGGACAAGGGGCCUCCCUCUCAGCCACUUGGGCUGUGGGCUGCUUUGGGGAGCACCUUGUUCCUCACGUCAGGAGGUUUCUCGGCAUCGUGUGAACCUGCCCUUGCCAAAGACCCCUUCACCCAGCAGCCCGAAAGCUGCAUUUCCAGAGGCAGUGGAGGAGGGCGCAUGCCCAGGGGAUAUGGAUCUCCAUGCCUGUGA